AUGAAGUUAGAUCGACGGGAAGGAAAACAGAAACAAACAACUGGAAAUGGAAAUGGAAGAGGAAGCGGAGGAAAGGGAAACUAUAAGAGAUCGUUAGGGUCGUAUUCCAUGCUUAUUAUUCCUGCAGUGACAUUUGGGUUGGGAUGUUGGCAGACUUACCGAUUGAGAUGGAAGUUGAACUUGAUUGAAAAGUUGAAGGAACGUCUGAAUGAGCCCGCCGUCGCUUUUCCGACUGAGGAUGUUUCUCAGUUGCAAAGUAUGGAAUACAGAAGAGUUCGUGUAACCGGAGAGUUUCUUCAUGACAGGGAGUUUUUCAUUGCUCCUCGAGGCCGCUUUGAUCCUGGUUCGCCUAUUUUUGGUGUUUUCUCUUGGCUCUCAUCGCCUGAUCAUUUAAAUUCGUAG